CCAUACCUUCCGCUCUCGUCGCAACUCCCCAUCUUCCUAUCAUGGCCGCCGCUGCCCACCGUCUCUCCGCCGCCUCUCUACGCCUCCACCACCACCAUCGCCUCCUCCUCCGCCUCCUCCUGCGCCCUUUCGCCUCCUCCACCGGCGGUCAACCCCCAAUCACCGUUGAGACCAGCGUCCCCUUCAAGGGCCACAAGAUCGAGCCCCCCUCGCGCCUCGUCGACACCACCCCCUCCGAGCUCCUCUCCUUCUUCCGUGACAUGUCCGUGAUGCGCCGCAUGGAGAUCGCCGCCGACUCCCUCUACAAGUCCAAGCUCAUUCGCGGGUUCUGCCACCUCUACGACGGCCAGGAGGCCGUCGCCGUCGGCCUCGAGGCGGUCAUCACCAAGAAGGACGUCGUAAUCACCGCCUAACGCGACCACUGCACAUUGCUUGCCCGUAGCGGGUCCCUUGUUGAGUCAUUCGCCGAGCUCAUGGGUCGCCGCGCUGGGUGCUCUAAGGGGAAGGGCGGGUCGAUGCACUUCUACAAGAAGGACUCCGGGUUCUUCGGCGGCCACGGGAUUGUUGGCGUCCAGGUUCCGCUCGGGUGUGGCCUGGCCUUCGCCCAGAAGUACUCCAAGGAGGGGACCGUGUCCUUUGCGUUGUAUGGUGACGGGGCCGCGAACAAGAACAAGUGCACUGCUACAGUAUUACAGUACACUGCUACAGACGGAUCGGUAGCGGGCGAUCCACGUACCGUUAGCCUAUCGGACCGGUACGUGCCGCCCAUACCGGGCGGUAUGAUUCGGUUGAUGGAAUGGAUGUUCUUGCUGUGAAGCAAGCAUGCUAAUUUGCAAAAGAAUAUGCGCUGCAAAAUGGACCCAUUAUUCUUGAAAUGGACACUUAUAGGUACCCUGGUCAUUCCAUGUCAGAUCCUGGAAGCACUUAUUGUGGUUAGCUGCAUUUAGCCUUUGAGCCAUUCGUUGGAAGCGCUUGCUAACAUGCGUAUUUCUAUAUUUGACUUACCGAGUUGUGUUGAUUGUGCCA